CCAUCUUGCAGCUGUCAAAUUUAGCGCGUUUCACGUUCCGUUUGAACGAAAAAAAUGCGUAAAAUUACAGCUAUUGUUUCUCUGAUGCUUAUUGCGACGUGGUCGCAGGCCGAUACAAGGCGACAAAAGAAGGAAGUUUCGUCGUCAGAGGACUUCAGAACAGGUAAUUUGUUAGCGGCUGGUUUGUCGUGCGACUCGUGCGGUAGCGAGUGCGCUGCGGCGUGCGGCACUAGACACUUCAGGGCUUGCUGUUUCAACUACCUUAGGAGGAAACGAGGACCUGAACAUGUCAAGAUGCAACAAAAUCUUCAAGAUGUAGAAAGGAAUCAUAAAGCGAAUCUACCGAUUGUCAUAAUGGAAAUUCCAGAAGAAUGGAGAGAAAAUGUAUUUCCAAGCGAUUUUAAACCUUAUUUUUAUGACGAUACAAUCGAUAAUAAGUUAGAUGUAAAUUUUGACGUUUAA